UUCUCUGCCCAUUUUGAAAAGCAAAAGUUUUUUGCUGGCCCCAUUCGCUGCUGUUGUUCAGAAACUUCUCGCGAACAAUAAGAGCGGCUGGUGCGCGAUUUACUGUUACGCGAAACAGUGCUCCAGGUGGUGCGUGUGUGUAUGUUCGUGUCGAUCGUUGUUGAAGUUGCGAGCGACGUUCGAAAAAAGCAAACUUUCAAUACGGUAAAUUAGACACUACAGUAGAGUGUGCAGUGUAGCAUCAAACAAACAUACGACCUCAAAGGAAGGGUGGCGAAAAUACACAACCCCCAAUCCACACAAAGUUUGUAUACAUUUAAAGCAACACUACAACGUGCGGCAGAAAGUAAGGACGGCAGCGGCAACACAAGCUUACUGACACAGAGACAACGGAUCAGCCCGGCAGAGCACAAGUUUAGCGCAAUAUUUGAUUCACUUAGAACGGACGAGGAGAUCACACGGGCUAAGUGGUGUGAAGAAACGCGAAAGCACGCGUUUGCAACGAGACGGCAACAACAGCGGUAGAUCGCAAUCGCGAUCAUCGAGAGCACGCCGCAGCGUCACAGUGACUUGUGGUUGUUGGUGCAGGCGGCGCCACAUUCCCAUAUGCUCCUAUAAUAUGCGCAGUGGAGCAGUGCAGACCGGCAGGCGGCAACACUGUAGCGUGUAGAAAUUGCAGAAACACUACGCCAGAGAUACGGCCUAAUGGCGAACACGACAGAGUGAACGAAAUCGAUCACCUUCAUUACAGUGCGCAGCUAGUGUACGCAGAAAUAAUAAGGUGCAAAUCCGCAAGACAGCGUGUUUGGAGAAAGAAUCUAAAAUCGAAGACACGGAGCACACGUGUAGCGGCGUUGUAUUAGUGAUGCGCCAUACCAGUGGCGUCGCGAUAGGAUUGUCACCGCUGUAACGGUUCCGAACGAAAGUGUUUUUGGAGUGUGGCUUGCACAAGCGUGCAAUGUACUGAGCUAUAAUAAACAUCCCAACAUCACGGAGGGACGAAGGGAAUGUUGCUGGAAUAGUCAAACGCAGCUAGGGUUUGAAGGAUCUGGGUACAUUAAUUAUACGCACCGAUUAGCUCUUCCGAGUGUACAUUAACCUUUGGAACUGUAAUCACUUGUCUGCCAGAUAAGGAAUGCAGCUAAGUUAAAGGAUUGUAAAGGAUAUCGAAAGCGUUGGCGAGACUGAACAAACGAAUGAGGUGGUGCGGUACGUCUAGUGUACCGCUGGCAGGCGUGGUGAAACGCGCGUGGAGGCAGGAAAUAAAGCGCACGAAGGGAACGGAAAGGAGAGGUAAGCCUGGUGGACGAUUAUCGUAGAAUACGAUAGAAAUACGGAAUAUCGGCAACCCGGCAUCAUGAUGUUCGUAUUUCACGUGGAUCAAGGUCGAAUGCUGACCUUUAAGAUGGAGUGCAUGUUUGAUGACAUUCGGAGGCUGAAGGAGAUGAUAGAGAGGAACCACGCAAUACCGGCUAGGAGCAUCGUUCUUUUAGUCAGUGGUGGCGAGCUGCUGGAGGACGAUAGUCGCGCAUGUCACUAUGCAACCGGCACCGACACUAAUCCGAUCUAUAUGUUUUGCAAAACGGUCGGAGAAUCGCCACUACUAUCACCCGGACCUAUUAAAGAGACUGAGGUCGAUCUAGAAGGCCUCGUGAGAAAAAGUCUGGAGCUUCCCAUUUCCUUUCCAACGCUUGCCGCACGUGCACAGUUAGCUCAAAAGAUCUACGAAAUGGGUCGGGAGGAGCUGCGGCGUUGUGAAGCGCUCGUACAUGAGCAACAUCUGCAACAGCAAGGCUGGGCGGCAGUUGUUGCAAACAUGGAGGACACAAUCAAAGAAUUUCAGGAAAGGUGUGAAUAUUUUAAUCGCUAUUACGAGGAGCAGUUGCGAAUGCACGAGGAACAGAUGGAUAUUUUGCAUAAUUUUGACAAAAGCCUACAACAGCUGGCAGACAUUCCAAUUCUUUCGUCACUGAUGGAAAAUGCUGAAUCACGUCCCUAUGGUGUGUUUGAUGAGGUUUUUAACCCAAGUGUAACGACAAACAGUGGAGCAAGCAGAACGGCUAGUAACAACGAGCAGUCGGAGCAUGUGGGCUCCGAAUCUACGAAUCAACCACAGAUGGAUGGGAACAUAAGUGACGAACCGGCUACCCAGUCGGCUCAUUCAUCCGAGCUUCAAAAACCAGACGUGAUAGAUAUAGGUGAAGCAACAACAACGGCACAAGGUGCAACGGAUGAGAUCGGACUGACGGAGCUAGAACGAGCGAAAGGCAUAUCGCUGCUCGACUGGAUAUCCGCGAUGGAGGGUCAGCUGACGCUAAAACGCAUGGCCGAGGAAUGUCGGCUCAACAUCGACAAAUUCAACCGAGCACAAUUGAUCAACUUAAACGAGCGUAUUGACAAAGCGGUCAAACAAUCGCAAAGUCUCGAAAUAAAGGUCGUAAAGGGUUUGGAGGAACGAUUGCGGGGGCUGGAUGAGUUGCUAGCGAACGCAAAAAAGCUUCUCGAUGAUCAAAACAAAAGGGCGCAAGGUAUUUUGAAAAAUCAGGAACGUGCGACCAAAAUCGGCGAUGUGUCAGUUCUUCCUGAUCUCUGUUCGAUGCAUCAGAACACGCUUCAAGUGAUGAAAGGUAACCAUGCCGACCUGCUUGAGUAUCGGCGCCGUUGUACUGUUGCAAAGGAUGAGCUUGGUUUUAACCUAACCAAAAGAAUAAAGUACAUUAUGAACGUGGAAACAAGAGUGCAUGAGCUGGAUAGUACCCUGCAACUUUACCACACGUCGCUGCAGCGCUUGCAGAAGCAUCUGAGCAUCAUUGAGCAAAUCCAUAUGGUGCCAUGCAUCUAUGUGAGCGCUGUAACGGAAGUGGUCCGUCGGCGCAUGUUUUCUAGCGCAUUUUUAAGGUGGGCUUCCGACUUGGCAUGCCGCCUAAUGGCGAUACACAACGAUGAGGUAGCCAGACGACAGGAUUUUACCUCCCUAUUCGAGGGUCACUUCCUUAGCACGCUGUUUCCGGGCAUGAACGAUAUGCCCCCGUCCUACGCCAUACAGGCACCAUCGGUGUUCGAUUCUAGUCUACCAGCGUUGGACAAGCAGGACCUUGAGGAGCUGUCCCGCUACCUGCCUGAACUGACGGAAAAGAUUCCGCUACCGAACAUAGCUUCUGUGAUAGAUUUUUUUCAAACUCGAUCGGUAGAGCAGCAGCAACUGCAACAAAAUGAAGGUAGUAAGGCUGAGAAAGACGAUACCUCAGUUCAAAGCAAAGACAACGCAACAGCAUCCAGUAACGAAAACGUGGAAUCUUCGAAUGUGGUCGAUCAGCAACCGGGUGUUAAAGAAAGUGAUAAGAUUGGAGCGGAAUCGGAGACAGACACCGAAGAUUAUGAAAAGGUUCAGAACCAAAGUCCCCUCGACGGAUGCUCCAGGCAAGAGGAUACACCGAAAAUGACUGUUGCGGUGAUGUGCACCGUAGCCACCUGUACCGAACCGGUAGAGACGGUUUGUGCGGAGACACUAACAGAGGAUAAUCUCGGCACAACGCGCCUUGAAGUAGAAAGGCUGAAAGGUUUAUUCAGUAGUGUUCACCAGCUUUCGCAGGAUUCGAUUAUGAUGUUGAGGGAUCAGUUGGCACUAGUGCGUACCGAGGCCGAAAACAAUCGCACGCAGUUUCAAUCAGAAUUGGGUGCAAUGAAUCGGGCGUGGAAUGAUAUUCAGCAGUUGGCACGCAAUCGUGAACGAGAAACGAUCCAGCAGCUAACGGUCGAUCACGAGCUGGAAAUGAACGACUUGCGCAAGAGCGUUCAUCAGAUGGACGAUGAAAUUCAAUCGCUACGAUCAGACAAUAGCACGAUGAAGGCGAGCCACAUCGAAACAGUAUCGAGCUAUGAGCAGGAAAAGAAAGAACUGAACGAACAGAUUGCCCAAAUGCGAACGGUUAUCGAUCGGCUGGAGUGUCAGCUAGCGAAUUCAGAGAUAGAUCGUAAGCAGGCAAUUCAGGAGGCAGUUGAGCAGUUAGAACACAAGCAUCGAACCGAAAUCGAAUCGUUACGUUGUCGGUUUAAGCUAAUGGCAUCCAGUAUGGAUCGAUCUCCGUCCGACACGAGUCUUGAGAAGAUCGAGAAGCCGGACAUGAUCGACAUUGGGACACACGAGCAAAUGCUGGCGCAGAUGCGUGACGAUUUUCAACGGGAUAAAGAACGGGCAAUACGAGCGGCGGUCGAGGAAGAACGACAACGGUGGGAAGCAAAUGCAAUCGGCAGUGGUGGGGUAGCCAUUGGUAGUGCUGGCAGUGCGGGACGGUUGCACCGCUCGUAUGGAGUGGCUGGUUCACCUGGCGGUGGCAGUCAGGACGUGUACAAACGCAUCCUGGAUGAAAAGGAUCGCCAAUUGGACGAACUGCGCGAUAAGGAAGCGCAGCUAGCGCGAGAGGUAAUGCGUAUGCGGGAAACGAUUCAGUCUCUUACUGAUCCUGAGUUGAGUCCAUUGAACGACCAUAGCUGUCGCGAACAGCUAGAAGCACUGGAAACAGAUCGGCAACAGAUGUCAGAAGAGCUCGUGAAACUGCACGAGAGCAUAAAAAUGCUCGACCAGGAAAAAGGCAGGAUGGCACGUGAGCUUGAAAAACAUCGGAAAGACACGGCGCAGUUGUUGACAUGUUCCGAAGGUGAUACCGUAACGUUUGUGUGGAAUCCCAACUAUGCGCAGUACACCAUAGUGCAGGCGUCAGAUUUUAUUUACUUCAUGCACGAAAGCAGCUAUAAAGAACUAGGCAUAAUGCCACCAACAAAGAGUGAGCUACCAACAAUUUUGUUCGGUUUCGGCACGGUCAUGCGCAAGGACUUUUGCCAUGCACGUAAGGAUGAUAACCGGUACGGUGUUUCACGUGGUACCCAAUUCUAUCGCGUGAAGCUAAAGGCAGCCAGUGUUACGAAGAAGAGCAAAGGUCGCCCAUCGUCGAGCAGAGGUAGUGGUUUAGUUGAAGAUAUUUCCAUGUCAUAUCAACAACCUCCCACUGCUGUAGUGACGAUCGAAAUGCAAUCCAGCAGCAAUACGGCACCGAUUAGUACUAGUGCCGUUGGUAGGUUGAUAGAUUCUUUCGCACAAACAGAACAACCGACGCCAUCUUCGACCACGGCACUGACCGAGGCGAUGCUGAUCGGGACAUCGAUCGGCGACGGUAGUAAAUCGCCAACAGGUACUAGUCGGGACAUGAUCGACUCUGGUGUAGUUGAGCAACAGCGCAGCAGCUAUCGUGAACGCAACAUUAGCAUCACGGAUGAGGACGAUUUGGUGGUUGGGAUCGGAUCGACUGGCAGCUAUCAGAGCGUGUGUGAGGAGGAAGAUCCAGUCGGUGAAGAUGAUACGGACGGUGGCCUUCCGGAAAGCACUGGCGGUAGCAGUGCGACGAAUUAUCCUUCUUGCUACACAAGCGCCACUUCAAUCGUUGCCAUUCGCACGCCUGUGCUGCUGACCAUGAUGGACUCUCCGAUGCGAGGUUCACCGCUCGUCACAGCAACGUCCGCACCAACCAUCACCGCCGAUAGUGGUAACAACAGUGAGGCAUCCACUGCCAGCAACACUCAUCCGCUUUCCGCCAACAAUGACUCCCAGCCGGUACAGUCGCUGCUGUCGAUCGGAAGCGGCGGUGUCGCCUACGGUUCAAUCGCUGACGAUGUUAGCGAUUCGGCCGACUCCGAGUAUCGGUCGCUUGAGGGCAACGAUCUGGAUGACAGUGGUAGUGCAGCGGCUCCACUGCCUAGAAUACUAGACGACUGUAGCGACCAUUAAGUGCACUGAUUUUAAGUUACACAAUGUAAAGCUUCGCUAUUUGCAGAAGUAUGAGAAAUGGCCGUGUGAGUUUCCAAAACUAAAAAGAAUCAUAAUGUUGAGCGUAUGCACUGCAAUAAUUAUACAUUGUGCAACUGCUUAUGUGGGUUCUCGGGUUUGGUUUGUCUGCAUGUGUGUCAUACCAUAUGUAAUAUCUACGUGAGUUUGAUUUCAUCCUGUUUUGCUUUAAGUGAACAAUAACCGAAUUUGAACAUCUUAAAAAUUAGUUGAACAUCUUUUUUUUAUUACUGUGCGUGCUUUUAUUUUAACUUCAUUACUAACUCUGCGCUUCAUUCAUAAGUUAUUGUUGUUUUGGGCCGGUGCUUAUAUUUAGCACAGCGCACAGCAAAGGAUAAUUUACAUCAUUCUUGUUUGCAUCAAUUACACAAAAUCCAUUGCCAAACACAGCAGAACAAUCUGCAAUUUACACAUCUUUGCCCAUGUUUACGUGGUUAUGGAAGGGCUACAUUUCUGAAGGGAAAAAACUACACAUUCACCUACGGUCGGUGUAAUACGUGAUAGAUGAAGAGCGUGAACCAACCCGGAUCGGUAUGCCCAGCUCUCUAAGGAACUGUAAAAUAUCUCCUUCUAGUGUUUUGCUAACAUAAACUCUGCUUUUUUACGAAUACGAAUUCCUUAUCUACCAAACAAUCACGAGCGCUAAAGGACGACGAUAUGGAGUAGAUUCAGAUGUUCAAUACGCUGUGGUACAUGGAGAUUGCUUCGAUGCAAGCAAUGGUACAUGCGAUGUGAGCAGGAAGUGUAAAGAAUUGUUAUAAAUAGUAUAAGUAGCCGGUAGACAAAAUCCUGACUAAAAAGAUAUCUCGGUAACACGUAUGAUAGAAAGCUUUGAUAGUAUAAGUACCAAUGUGUUUGGCGAUCGUGUGCGAAGUGGCUAUGUCAAUGAAGGCAGUAGGACGUAAGAACAUAAAAAAGGAAGCAAACUUAGUACAUUUCAGCUGUUACGCUUACGUUCGAUGACUGCAGGGGACCUGAAAUGCGUUAUUGGUUAGUCAGUGCGGGCAGUUAAUGCGAAAAAGUGAUGAUGAAAAGUGUUUGCGUGCCGUAAAUUUCGUGGCUGCCAAUGAGAAAACAAGGACGCUCUACAUUCGAGCUAAGAAUACAAAGGUGUAACAUUACCACGUGUGGAGAGACAAGAAGACGAUAGUGAACGUAUUUAAUGGGCUUAACGACACCAGACCAACAGCAGGAUUUAAAAGAACAGUAACAAUUGUAGGGAAAGCAUAAUUUUUGGAGUCCAAUUUUCUAUCUGACACAAGACUAUAGUAAUGGCGCAACCAUGUUUGUCCGCCUCUUAACCGUAUCAGCUGGUUUUUGACGAAAGAAAAUGAAAAACGAAAAAUCACAUUAUAAAAUUGUACCGUGUUGAAGCUGAUCGCUUGCAGAAAUUGAACGCUUUGUAAACGAACUGUGUCGAUAAAUUGAUUAUUGUUUGGUUAGUUUCAAGGUUUGUCACACUGCUAGUGUUUGCUACUAUCGGUUAAUAAUUACUGUAAGCACUGUUGCAACUGUUCGUAGCGAUUAAAACAGCGCUACCUGUUUUGUCGGAUGUGAUAUAGAAGAGGCAGAAGAAACCGUGGGAGUAUGUAAAGAUAAUGAGCAAGAAAUUAAUAGACAAAGUAAAAAGAAAAUUUAACGAUAAAA